CCUAGGAGGAGAGUCUUUUUUUUUCCUUCCUCUACACUUAGGAUGUGCCUGAUCGUCUUGAGCAGUCCAGCACCAGCUAAUCCAUGAGGCUCAAUCAGGCUAAGUAAUUGGGGGACUGUGUCGACUCUGAAUUACAAUGAACAGCAGGGAAGGAUCUGUCAGCUGACUAAUCAGGGAUAGUGGGGUUUUUUUUUUUUGCAGCGCUGCCACGGUGGUAAUGGAAGCAGCCACAGUAGCUUUGUUUGAUAGAGAUUUUUGGCUGCCGCUUUUAAAUACCACCUAAGAAGCAGCUCAUAUUUCAUCAAUGUUGCAUUGACAAUUCGAAAAGAAGAGUGUUAUUGUGUAUAGGCGAGAUGGCAGAAGCAACUCCCCCGAGAGGCAAGAUGAGGUUCAGAAGGAAUGCGGCUUCCUUCCCUGGGAACUUGCACUUGGUUUUGGUUCUUCGUCCUACCAGUUUUCUGCAACGAACUUUCACAGAUAUUGGAUUUCGAUUUAGUCAGGAAGAUUUCAUGCUCAAACUACCGGUGGUUAUGCUGAGCUCAGUUAGUGAUUUGCUGACAUACAUUGAUGACAAGCAGUUAACCCCCGAGUUAGGCGGCACCUUGCAGUACUGCCACAGUGAAUGGAUCAUCUUCAGAAAUGCUAUAGAAAAUUUUGCCCUCACAGUGAAAGACAUGGCUCAGAUGUUACAGUCCUUUGGAACUGAACUGGCUGAGACAGAACUACCAGAUGAUAUUCCUUCAAUAGAAGAAAUUCUGGCAAUUCGUUCUGAAAGGUACCACCUGUUAAAGAAUGAUAUUACAGCUGUAACCAAAGAAGGAAAAAUUCUGCUAACAAAUCUGGAAGUGCCUGACACUGGAGAUGCUGUCAGUUCAAGACUUGAACAUCAUCAGCAAAUUAGUGGUGAUUGGCAAACGAUUAAUAAAUUGCUGACUCAAGUACAUGACAUGGAAAUAGCUUUUGAUGGAUUUUGGGAAAAACACCAACUAAAAAUGGAGCAGUAUCUGCAACUCUGGAAGUUUGAGCAAGAUUUUCAAGAGCUCGUGAGUGAAGUUGAACUUCUCUUAAAUCAACAAGCAGAGUUGGCAGACGUAACAGGGAAUAUAGCUCAAGUGAAACAAAAAAUUAAAAAGUUGGAAAGCUUAGAUGAAACUUCUCAGGAUCUGUUGGCAAAGACCCGGUUCGUGAUAUUACACGGACACAGACUUGCAGCAAGUCACCACUAUGCCCUGGAUUUGAUCUGCCAGAGGUGCAAUGAGCUACGUUACCUUUCCGAUAUUUUGGUGAAUGAGAUCAAAGCCAAACGGAUACAGCUCAGCAGGACCUUCAAAAUGCAUAAACUCCUACAGCAGGCUCGCCAGUGCUGUGAUGAAGGAGAGUGCCUUCUCGCUAAUCAAGAAAUAGAAAAGUUUCAGUCUAAAGAAGAUGCUCAGAAAGCCCUCCAAGACAUUGAAAAUUUUCUUGAAAUGGCUGUACCCUUUAUAAAUUAUGAUCCUGAAACCCUACAAUAUGAAUUUGACGUAAUUUUAUCUCCUGAACUCAAGGUUCAGAUGCAGACUGUACAACUCAAGCUUGAAAACAUUCGAAGUAUAUUUGAGAACCAACAAGCCGGCUUCAGAAGCCUGACAGAUAAGCACGUGAGGCCAAUCCCAUUUGUAGUACCUGCUUCUGACAAUUUGAUCGGAUCUAGACCACCAUAUUUUUCAUCUAAACAAGUGGGAGUUGGAUACUCUUUCUUUCAAGCAUGUAAACUUUUUUCAAAAGGGAAGAAGACUUGGAGACAAAAUCAGAGCAACUUAAAAAUUGAAGUGGUGCAUGAUUGUCGGGAGAAGAGAAGUUCUGCUCAGUCCUCCAGUUUGGACAAUGACAAUAGCUUGGAUGUUUUAAAGAACCACGUCCUAAAUGAGCUGAUACAGACAGAGAGGGUGUAUGUUCGGGAGCUGUUUACGGUUUUGUUGGGCUACAGAGCGGAGAUGGAUAAUCCAGAGAUGUUUGAUCUUAUGCCACCUCUCCUGAGAAAUAAAAAGGAUGUUCUCUUUGGAAAUAUGGCAGAAAUAUAUGAAUUCCAUAACAACAUUUUCAUGAGCAGUCUGGAAAAUUGCAUUGAUGCUCCAGAACGUGUGGGACCUUGUUUCCUGGAGAGGAAAGAUGAUUUUCAAAUGUAUGCAAAAUAUUGUCAGAAUAAGCCCAGAUCAGAGACAAUUUGGAAGAAGUAUUCAGAAUGCGCCUUUUUCCAGGAAUGUCAAAGAAAAUUAAAACACAGACUUGGUCUGGACUCCUAUUUAUUGAAACCAGUGCAACGCAUCACUAAAUAUCAGUUACUGUUGAAGGAGCUAUUAAAAUAUAGCAAAGACUGCGAAGGAUCUGUACAGUUAAAGGAGGCACUUGACACGAUGCUGGAUUUACUGAAGUCAGUCAAUGACUCUAUGCAUCAGAUCGCAAUCAAUGGCUAUAUUGGAAACUUAAAUGAGCUGGGCAAGAUGAUAACGCAGGGGGCAUUUAGCGUCUGGACUGGACACAAGAAAGGUGCUACGAAAAUGAAGGAUUUUGCUAGAUUCAAACCAAUGCAGCGGCACCUUUUCUUGUAUGAAAAAGCCAUUGUUUUUUGUAAAAGGCGUGUUGAAAGCGGAGAAGGCUCUGACAAAUACCCGUCAUACAGUUUUAAGCACUGUUUGAAAAUGGAUGAAGUUGGAAUCACCGAGCAUGUAAAAGGAGAUAACCGCAAAUUUGAAAUCUGGUAUGCUGGGAAGGAAGAAGUUUAUAUUGUCCAGGCUGCAAAUGUUGAUGUGAAGAUGACAUGGUUAAAAGAAAUCAGAAAUAUUUUGUUGAAGCAACAGGAACUCAUGACAGUUAAAAAACGAGAACAGCAUAAUCAGUUAACAGAACAGAACCAUCUUUCUUCUCAGCGGAAUGAUGAAAGGCAACGGGGAGCUUUUAUAGGCACUGAGGAAACUGACCUGGAACACACCAGCGCUAUGGUAGAGGUCGGUGAGGCCAUCGCAUCAGUUCGGGCAGAAGCAAAUACAGUUUGGACAGAGAUGUCAUCACCUACAGAAAUCUCUGAUGAGCCUGACGAAUGGCCAAGUAACUAUUUCUACUCUUCUUAUGAUGACAAUGAAGAAGAAGAAAGGCCUCUCAUGAGGCCCGUGUCGGAGAUGGCUGUCCUAUUUUAACGAAGCUACUAUGUUAAAUGGCAAGUAGCUCUUUCCUGCCUGCUCCUUGGCCCAUUUGAUAAAAAUACUGCUCAAAAGACGUUCAGCCCAAGUGACGUGGAUAAUGUUUUCAGAUUAAUUCCUUUGGAUGUGCAAAGAAUCAACACUACACAAUUCUUUCCUUUUAUUUAAAAAAAGUAUUAAUUAUGGUUCUCUUACGUCUUAGAAUCGUAUAUUCAAUGUGUAAGAAUCUGUGCUGGAAAAAUUCUCAUCUCAGAAUACAUUUGGACUUGAAGAUUAUUAUUUCUUCUCUUGUCUACCUUGUAACCAAAUGUAAUCAGUGUGCCUUGGAUUACUUAGCUUAUUAAUGAAUCAAGUUAAAAUUAUAGCUGAAAAAAGAUUAAAGCCAAGUAAAGCACAACAUUAUGAUUUAAUAUGCUUUUAUUGGACUAAGAGCUUCUGUACCCAUUAUUUUUACCUGUGCAAAGUGAUACAAAGUGCAGAAAUCCUGUGGGGGCACUAGUAAAUCUCUGUUCAGGGCCACUCCCUUUCUGAUGUGCCAAGAAAAUUUUUUUAUGAGAGUAGUUUACAAAUAAUAGUAUGUAAAAAUUAUUUUCAUGCUUUUUUUCCUGGAUUUAUGCUUAUUACUCAUGUAACUUAAAUUAGUUGUGCCCUGUUAUUUUCUGUGUAGU